UUUUAUGACGAUAUUCAACUGUUUGUUUUCUUUUAAAAUGAUGUGUUGAAUAAAUAUAUUAUAUUAUCUCAAGUAUAACAACAAUUGAUCUCUUCUUAUAGUUACCAAUGUCAAUAUUGCAGAUGGCUACAGUUGCAGUUGAUAGCAGCCAAGAACCAGCACCAGAGUGCAGCACUGCAAGCUCUUCAGCCAAUGAUGAUUCCAGCCAACAACAUCUAAUCCCUGGCUACAAUCUAAUAUUCAUCAAAGAGGAAGAAUAUGUUGAGCAAGAGGCAGAAGGAAGUUCAGUGGAGUAUGAACCGGAGAUGUGGCCUUCAAACUGCAGCACAUCUGGAACUGUCAAUGCAACAGAAGUGGGCGGAAUGAAUCAAUCAAAUGUUUCAAUCUCUCCACUAGAAAGAUGUACUGAGCAAUCUGCGGCUGGGAAAAAGAUGAAGCUCUACAGCUGUGCUGACUGCAACUACAAAGCCCCCGGGUUUCAAACUUUCAGGAGGCACAUUAAAAAACACACAGGAGAAACUCUUUUCAGCUGCGAGUAUUGUGACUAUAAAUGUGCUCAAUCAAGUAAUUUGAAAUCACAUAUCAGAACACAUACUGGAGAAACACCUUUUAGCUGCGAGUAUUGUGGCUAUAAAUGUGCUCAAUCAAGUACUUUGAAAUCACAUAUCAGAACACAUACUGGAGAAAGACCUUUUAGCUGCGAGUAUUGUGACUAUAAAUGUGCUCAAUCAAGUAAUUUGAAAUUACAUAUCAGAAAACAUACUGGCGAAACACCUUUUAGUUGUGAGUAUUGUGACUAUAAAUGUGCUCAAUCAAGUAACUUGAAAUUACACAUCAGAACACAUACAGGAGAAACACCUUUCAGCUGCAAGUUUUGUGACUAUAAAUGUGCUCAUUCCAGUCAUUUGAAGAGACAUAUCAGAACACAUACAGGCGAAACACCUUUUAGCUGCGAGUAUUGUGACUAUAAAUGUGCUCUAUCAAGUACUUUGAAGAGACAUAUCAGAACACAUACUGGAGAAAGACCUUUUAGCUGCGAGUAUUGUGACUAUAAAUGUGCGCGUUCAUGUAAUUUGAAAUUACAUAUCAGAACGCAUAAAGCAGAAACAAAUGCCAGCUGAAAUUUUGAGACUUCACAUGCACUUAUUCAAAUUCAUGUAAUUGUGUUUGGUAAUAGGUAAAGUUUGUUCUGCUGCUGAAGUUCACCAAUAAACGCUGAUUUCCUGCUGAGACAACUAAGGCAUUGUACCCUUCAGUCGGCUAGUGUUACCGCGGGUUCAAAUCCCGAUG